UAGGCGGGGGCCUCAUCUAUGUGGGCAUCAUGUUGUGGUCUGCUGAAUGAGGUGAUGGGUACAGGAGCAGUAAGAGGGCAGCAACCAGCAUUUGGUGGGGGUGCGGGGCCUUUCCGCUUCGCCCCCUCAGCGGGUUAUUCCACAUACCCCCCGACCAGCUCUGCCAACACCAGCCUUGUGUGCCAGGCUUGUGGACAAGCCUUUUCUGUCUUCAGAAGGAAGCACGUUUGUUGUGACUGUAAGAAGAGUUUCUGUUCGCUUUGCUCGGUGCUUCAGGAGAACCUGCGCAGGUGUGCCACCUGUCACCUGCUGAAGGGAACGGCCUUCGAGAGGCCGCAGCUCAUGCGCUUGCGUGUCAAGGACUUGCGCCAGUACCUGCUUUUACGCAACAUCAACACGGAUACCUGCAGAGAGAAGGAGGACCUGGUGGACCUGGUGUUGUGUCACCAGGGCGUCGAAAGCGAGGAUGAUCCAGACACGCCCUCUCUGCAGUCACGACCCCUUUACAGCCCUCCCCCUUCCACCGCAGACUCCGCCUCCCAGCUCUCAGCACCUUUCGCAUCUCAGGGAGAACCAAUCAGCAGGAGUGACAGCUCAGGAUCCAUGAUUCAGGAUAUAGGUGACUCCACAUCUCUCUCUCUCCUCAACCUCGAGCCUACAGAACACACACCAGAAGUCAGUCCUCAGACGCGCCGUCGUGCGCGGGCGUCCCUGUCAGAUCUGUCCAGCCUGGAUGACGUGGAGCAGCUGACGGUGCGGCAGCUGAAGGAGAUCCUGGCCAGGAACUUCGUCAGCUUCUCAGGCUGCUGCGAGAAAUGGGAACUGGUGGAGAGAGUCCGAAGACUGUACCGGGAAAACGAGGAGAACCGGAAAUCUAUGGAGAACGUGAGCAACGGCAUCACUGCUGAUGGAGGCAGGUCUCAGUUAUUCAGCGAUGAUAAUUUAUGUCGAAUCUGUAUGGAUGCUGUCAUUGACUGCGUGCUGCUGGAAUGUGGUCACAUGGUCACCUGCACAAAGUGCGGCAAGCGCAUGAGCGAAUGCCCGAUCUGUAGGCAGUACGUCAUUAGAGCGGUGCACGUCUUCAAGUCUUAACGACGGAAUGGGAGAACACAGACAAACGUUCCAAACAAACAAACAAAAAAAGACUUUUCCUGAAAUGCUCUACAAGCACUCUGCAAAAGGUUCCACUUACGGUUCAGAUACACCCACCAGAUGCCUAGUUCUAACAAUGAUGGAAUGAAGAUCUUGUCCUGGGAAGUCCAGGAACAUUUCUGGAAAUGUUCUGGAAGUGUUCUGGAAUCAGCUAAAGUGGAAUGUGAGUCAGCUGCAAAUGUUCCAUUACCGUUACACCAGUGUUCCAAACGCAUUCCGCAUGCAGUCCUACGCCGUGCACAAACGUUCAGUUAACAUUGAGCAUACUCUCUGCAAGCAUUUUAUCAACUCAGCUCACCUCAAACCGCGCCGGAUGCUCUCCGUUCCACCCGUCACAGAUGGGCGCCACUGUGAAAACUCUCCAGAACGUUCCACAAAACGUUCCUUAAAGGUUCAUCAGCCGUUUCGCUCGUCCGUCAGGCCCCUUAAGUCCGUGACUCCCCCCACGGAAAGAUCCAAAUGGCUCCUCUUUUCGUUCGUCCCGCUUUUACGAACACGUUUUGUUUGCUAGCGACUGUGACUCUCGCAGUUUGACCGCGAGACAUAGUCUUUGGAUUUCACUCACAGGCGGCAGGUUUGUGUUGUUGACCAGCACUGUUCACAUUAGCUCGAGUUUUUUGUUCCUUCAUUCCUUGAGUGAAAGCUUCGCUAACACUAACACUCAGAUCAUCAGCAGAUGUGACGUGAUCAUGGGCAAUGACUUCUAUAGGUAGUUACCAGAGAUUGUUAGGACCUUAGUGAGUCACAUUUGAGCAAUUAAAAUGACUAACAUGGCAUAAUGUACUGAAAAAAGGGAUGGAGGAGUUAGGUGCCAAACAAAAACUUUUGUGUAUGUUUGUGUGUGUGUAUGGUAGUCAAAUAUUCCG